UGAUGCCGAGCGUCAGAAAGCUUAUGCACUCGCUGAGAGGCUCUCUGUCGGCCUCGACUCCAUGGGCAAGAACUUGGGUGCGAUGAUCGAUGAGAUCAACACCUCGAGUGCUGCGAUCAGUAAGACGCAGGAAAGUGAUCCAUUGACGCAGAUUGUGCAGAUUAUGACUGCGCAUAUGGCGAGUUUACAGUGGAUUGAUGCGAAUACGAGGAAGUUGCAGGAGAAGGUGGAGCAGGUUAAGGGUGUUAACAAUGAGUUUGACGGGACUGCGCAGAGCUUCUUCGCGAGUAGGAGGUAAACUCGAGCGCGGGAAGUUUUGGAAUGGGU